GAUCUUUUUGGAUCCCUGUCUAAUUGAUCCAUGUUUCCAAACUCUCCCUUGUAACCUUCACAAGCAGCCAACAUGAAAUUGAAGCAUAACAUCAAUCCCGUUCUUCUACAGUUUAUAAACUUUAUAAUCUUGGUGUACUCCAUUGUAACGUACAUUCCGUGGUACAUAUUUUCAGGAUCAAGGCAGGCUAUAGCAAAAGCCAAGCAGGUUAAAGCUAAACCUGUGAAUAACAAGCCUGGGGCUGCGUACAGGUCUGUGAACAGUCUACAUUGCUUAGCUUCAGUUUUAUAUCCUGGCUGUGAUACACUCGACAAAGUUUUUAAAUAUGCUAAGACUAAGUUUAAGGACAAAAAACUCUUGGGAACACGUGAAAUCCUAAAAGAGGAAGAUGAAAUCCAGCCAUCAGGAAAAGUUUUUAAAAAGGUCAUCCUUGGCAAGUACACCUGGCUUUCAUAUGAAGAUGUAUACAUUAAAGCUGUUAAUUUUGGAAAAGGCUUAGCAGUGUUGGGUCAGCAACCAAAGACUAACAUUGCUAUCUUUUGUGAGACUAGAGCCGAGUGGAUGAUUGCAGCACAGGCCUGCUUUAUGUGCAACUACCAGCUUGUUACUCUGUACGCUACUCUGGGAGGCCCAGCAAUAGUACAUGGGCUAAAUGAAACAGAGGUGACAACCAUCAUUACUAGUAAAGAAUUGAUGCAAACAAAAUUGAAGGAGAUUGUUUCUCAAGUUCCAUUGCUGCGACAUAUUAUUACUGUGGAUGGCAAACCAAUAACAUGGGCAGAGUUUCCCAAGGGUGUCAUCGUUCACACGAUGGCUUCUGUGCAAGCCAUGGGGGCCAAGGCAGAUAUCGGAAACAAACAGCAGGCCAGGCCUGUGCCCUCGGAUAUCGCCGUGAUCAUGUACACUAGUGGAUCCACAGGAGUUCCCAAAGGAGUUAUGAUCUCCCAUUGCAACAUAAUUGCUGGGAUAACUGGAAUGGCUGAGAGGAUUCCAAGUCUGGGGGAAAAAGACAUCUAUAUUGGCUAUUUGCCUCUUGCGCAUGUUCUGGAGCUGAGUGCUGAACUUGUGUGUCUGUCUCAUGGAUGCCGCAUUGGUUAUUCUUCGCCUCAGACAUUAGCCGACCAGUCCACUAAAAUAAAGAAAGGAAGCAAAGGUGAUGUUACUACACUUAAGCCAACUCUAAUGGCAGCUGUCCCGGAAAUUAUGGAUCGGAUCUACAAAAAUGUAAUGAAUAAAGUGAAUGAAAUGACUAGUUUCCAGCGGAAUCUAUUUAUAUUGGCCUACAACUACAAAAUGGAACAGAUUUCCAAAGGUUACACUACCCCGCUCUGCGACAGCCUUAUUUUCCGGAAAGUACGAAUGCUGCUAGGUGGAAAAAUUCGCAUCCUGCUUUGUGGAGGAGCUCCACUCUCUGCAGCGACUCAGCGGUUUAUGAACAUUUGUUUCUGUUGCCCUGUAGGACAGGGAUAUGGACUAACAGAAUCAGCUGGAGCUGGAACAAUCAUGGAAGUUUGGGACUAUACUACAGGGAGAGUGGGAGCACCUUUGGUCUGUUGUGAAAUCAAGUUAAUGAACUGGGAAGAAGGUGGAUAUUACAACACUGAUAAACCAUAUCCUAGAGGUGAGAUUCUUAUUGGAGGGCAAAAUGUGACACUGGGCUACUACAAAAAUGAAGUACGAACCAGAAAAGACUUCACUGUUGAUGAGAAUGGGCAGAGAUGGCUCCACACUGGAGACAUUGGAGAGUUUCAGGAAGAUGGAUGUCUAAAAAUUAUAGACCGUAAAAAAGAUCUUGUAAAACUCCAGGCAGGAGAAUAUGUUUCUCUUGGCAAAGUAGAAGCAGCUCUAAAGACUCUUCCACUGGUAGAUAAUAUUUGCGUGUAUGCAAGCGG